AACUGCUAAAUGGCAAGCCCGUCCAAUCAUAGACCCGGCUCACUGAUAGUACGGCGGGCUUUCAUGCAUUUGAUGCGACAUUUUAACAGUGACCCCCCAUCCAAGGAGGCUUCGGUUUCACCUGCGCGGCGCUUAUCUCCGUGUUACGUCGCGUUCUAAUGGAAAACUAGCAGCGGCCGAAGCAGGAGGAGUCGGGCCACUAAUCACAACAAACACACGUUAAACAUUGCAGCAUCGCAAAUUAGCCUCCAUAAAGUAUAAACAGUGGCGGAGAAGAUAAUCGGUGUUCAUUUUUUAGCUUUAGAGGAAAUGCCUUUCUGUUACUGUUGCAUUGUUUCAGAGUUGAGCUGUCUUCUUUCAGGCUGAUGCACUUGCUUUGCGUACUGUUCGUGGAUCUGUCAGGCUUCUGGUCUCCGAUUGGCUGAUGAGAAAACGCAAGUUUAUUCGUAGUCGACAGACGGGGCACCUGUUAAUUGAUUAUUAAUGCUAUCGCCAUUAGAAGAAGCAAAACUGAAUUUUAAGUGAAAAAGACAGCUUGCCAGGGAUUCACCGCAGCAUGUGUGCUCAGGGAACACGGCAGAGGAAGUUAAAGCUAUGUCAGCCAAUCACACAGGAGGCGCGCCAUUUUCUGUAAAGGACAUCCUCCAGUACGGCUCAGAGCCGACAACUUACAGCAUGGAUUUCCACACCAGCCUCACUUUCUCCUCCGGCAGUUUCUACGCAGAACCGACAAUGCAUGGUGCCAUGGGCAGCGAGGCCCCGGGUCUGAACAUGAUCAAUCCAGCGUGCCAGUACGGAGGGACUGCUAUGAGCUCACCCCCUCCAUCGACUAUGUACGAUCCUUUAAAUACCCCCACAAUUGAGAGGCUAAGUGCCUGCCCUUAUAACGUACCAACCACGACCACCACCUCAAGUAGCAGUGCACCAGGCGAGGAAAUCACUAAGAUAGGGAAGUUAGCUGACUGCGCGGAAGAGACCAAAAAGAUCUCACCUAUAAGUAACACAAAAAAUAACAGUUCAAAGAGCUCAAACAGCAACGGUAGCAGCAACAAUAGCAAUGGAAACAGUAAUAACAGCAACAAUCCCGAUGUGGAAGAAUGUCAUUUACUACGUCAGAGGCAAAGGCGAAAGCCAAGGGUGCUAUUUUCUCAGGCGCAAGUUUAUGAACUUGAAAGGCGGUUUAAGCAGCAGCGAUACCUCUCCGCCCCGGAACGUGAACAAUUGGCAGCUAUGCUGAAAUUAACUUCUACACAGGUGAAAAUAUGGUUCCAGAAUCGCAGGUACAAAUGCAAGCGUCAAAGACAAGAUAAAACUUUAGAGCUGACUGCGAUGCAGCCCCCGAGAAGGGUGGCGGUUCCUGUACUUGUUAGAGACGGAAAGCCUUGCAUGGGAAGGCCCGAUUUCGGUGGACAAUCUUACUCCACCCCUUACAAUGUUAACCCUUUUGCUUACCCCUCGUACUCUUCGUGUGGACCGAACUAUAACUCUGUUAACCCUCUCCCGCCCAUGCAACAGUCUGCAUAUAUGCAGCCACAGAUGCAAUCCAGAGUUUGGUGAAUACUGUCAACUGGACACUGAACUAAAACAAGGAACUAGGCAGUUGAAUAUGAAUUUAAGUUCAAAGAUUCAAUGUCUUAUUACAGUGAUAAUAAUGACUAAUUAACAGUUUUUCAUGGGUGAUUUUCACAAAGGCUAUGCAAAGAGUUUGCGGACAACUUAAUUAAAUGAAUUUGCUGCAACAAGGGCUAACUAGGACUUUAUGACAUUAAGAAACAAAUGAGAUCCACAACUGAGGUUAAUAAGCUUAACUGAGGUAUGCCCGUGAUGAAAUGGCUUACCCGAAGAAUGCAUGUUUUGUGAAGAAUUAUUAUACUUAAGGCUUUUCUGUUUAUCUCCUUUGUUUCAGUAAGACCAGUUAGUAAAAUUAUCAAUCUGAGUAGGCAUACGUUACAUACAUAUUCUAGAGAGGUAUCAAUAUCGUUAUUAAAAUCGCAUCGAGAAUCAAAAAGGACUUCUAAUAAA